AUGUAUACCAAUGAAAGUUUUUGUUUUCAAAAUUCUACAAUCGCACAUGAAUGUUCAUCAUGUUCCUAUGGACCCCUGUGUCAGUUUACAACAGCAUAUUAUAGUAUUACAUCUUUACAAACAUUCUUAUGUUCAUUUGAAUCUAUUCCCAAUAUUCUUCUUCUCAGUAUUCUUUUUCUCGGUAGUUUAUGUAAUUUAUUUUCUAUGGGCACAUUUUGUCAACGAAGUACACGUGAAAUGGGAAGUGGAAUCUAUCGUUUAUGGAUAUCAAUUGUUGGUCAAUUUGGUUUAAUGGUUGUUAUUAGUCAUAUACUUCUUGAAAAAACUCAUAAUAAAACAAUUGGUUGUUUUAGUAUGGAAUAUCUUCGUAAAGCUCUUCAUGCUUUAUAUGAUUCAUUAACCGCUUGUAUAGCAUGCGAACGAACUAUGGUUAUUUAUGAAGGUAUUUCAUUUAAUAAAAUUGGUAGUCGACGAGUAGCUAAAUUAGUUAUACCAAUGUUAUUUGUAUAUCAUUUUAUUAAUAUUCUCUAUGACCCAUUUAUUCGUCAAUUAAAUGAUUCAUCUGAACGAUCUUGGUGUAUAUUAAAAUUUAAUGAUUAUUCAACGGGUAUUUUUGAAAGUGCAAGAAAUAUAGUUCAUUUUACUAUACCUUAUUUUCUUAAUUUAAUUUUACCAAUUUUUUGGAUUAUAACUUUAACAAAACAAAAAACAAGAUUACAUAGAACUACUUCAACAUGUGUAAAUUUUAGAAAUGUUAUACAUACUUAUAAACAUACUGUUAUCAGUUGUUAUAUUCUUGUUCUUUUAAAUACACCUCGAUUUAUUUUUACAUUCUAUUUAACUUGUAUCAAACAGCAAUGGCAAAAUACAGCUUAUAUUACUGCUUAUUUUCUCUCAAUGGUUCCAUUUAUGUCUAAUCUAUUUAUCUUCGUUUUACUAUCACCAAAAUAUCGACCUGAUUUUUUCGAUUUUAUUCAACGUAUUGUAAGAUAUAUGCAUAGAAAACAAUACGAAUUAACAUAA